UCGGAAGACUGCAGACUGAAACUUGUAUACCAAUCUGAAACAUAACGAUGCAUUCUAUCACGAUCCUUCUGGGUGUCUUGUUUGGCGUGCUGACCCAGGCGUACGCCCUCCCUGUUAAGAAUUCUACUGGAGUAAAUGAGGGGAAAGUGAGGUUGAAAAGGAAAUACUCAGAUGAAUUUACAGACCAUGAUGAAAUGAAUAUAAUGGAUCAAAUCCUGGAAGUCAAUAGCAGGUUGCGAGUUCCCCGAGGACUGACCUUCAGAGAGGGAGAUAUUGCCAACUCGUAUGUACGGAGUGCCAUAACCUGCCCUGGCAAUGCUUGUCUGUGGCCUAAAUCCGUUGAUGGAUUUGUUUAUGUUCCCUUCAUGCUCUCUCCACUAUAUGACGACAUGGACAGAAUCACCAUAGAAACGGGGAUGCAAGACAUUGCCACUGGAACAUGUGUUAAAUUUGUUCCACGCACUCAAGAAGCCAGCUUCCUGGAUGUUCAGCCUAGAUAUGGCUGCUGGUCGUUCCUGGGGCAAACUGGAGGAAGCCAGACCCUGUCACUGCAGACUCCUGGGUGCAUGUGGUCAGGAGUGGCUGCCCACGAGUUCAUGCAUGCCCUCGGCUUUGUGCACGAGCAGUCUCGUUCAGACCGAGACCACUAUGUCUCAAUCGUAUGGAAAAACAUCAUGCCAGACCAAAUUCAUAACUUCAGGAAACAGGUGACAAACAAUCUGAAUAGUCCAUAUGACUACAACUCUGUCAUGCAUUAUGGAAGAUAUGCCUUCUCUGAAGAUGGUGGACCAACAAUAAUCCCCAGACCAGAUCCCUACGUUCCCAUUGGUCAGCGAGAUGGACCCAGUAAUCUAGAUCUUCAUAAAAUAAAUGUCCUGUAUAACUGUGUCCUCACUACAGGUGUCAACUAG